AUGAGCUGUGUGGUUGUUUCCAGUUCUCUGAUUCAGUUUGACAUAAUUCUGGUGCCACAGCGCCCCCUGUCCCCCUUGAUUCUUUUAUCCUAUAGAGUAGACCACAGACUCCAAGCCUUAGAAGCACAGUUUAAAGAACUGGACUUCACCAAGGAUAGUCUGACCCAGAGAUUUGAACAGCAUAGCAAGGCCUUGGCAAGCCAGGCAGCCCAAGAUGAGCUGUGGACGGCAGUCCUGGCACCCAAAUUCACUCCAAUGGAACUGAAUAUUUUAUACAGCUACGUCAUUGAAGUACUCUUCUGCUUGCACACUCGUGUGCUUGAGAAGCUGCCAGACCUGGUGAGAGGGCUUCCCACCUUAGCCUCUGUCCUGAGACGAAAAGUCAAGAACCAGCGCAUUAGGGUUGUGUGGGAGUCUGUUCUGGAGGAGUGUGGACUGCAAGAAGGAGAUAUCACAGCACUUUGUACCUUCUUUAUUGCACACGGUAACAAGGCAGAACACUAUGGUGCUAAAGUGAGGAGGAUGUAUAUCAGGGACGUCGCUUUCCUGAUCACUAACAUGGUAAACAAUCAGGCUCUGCGGGAUGGUUUGCUGAGGGCUGUUCAGGUCAUUGAGAAGGGGAAAGCAGUUAGGGCCCCCGAAGAGCAAAAGUCAUCCCUGAAAGAGCUGAUACCAUCAGUCAGAAACUAACUUUGAUGACCAAGAGAUUCUACUUGUAGUAGUUUAUCUUGCAAAUGGGGAAAAAAGAUGUAUGUGCAAUUUAUUACAGGCUUAUUUUUACAGCAAAAGUGAGGGGAACUUUAAAUAAAAUAUGAUAAAUUGAUAGGAUGGAUACUUUCUGUGUAGCAAUAAAGAAAAUGAAAAAGCUAUGGAGCUAUCACCAAGAUGUAUUCCUUUAAAACAUUUCCUAUAUAUUGUUAAGUGGAAAUAAAGGGCAAAAACAAAUACACACACACACACAAGCUUAAAAAAUAUAUCCAUAAACUUCAUAAGCUUCUUCCGAAGAGAUACAUUAGAAAGUAAGAACAUUGGUUGUCUAAGAAAAAAAACAAAGAGACUAGGGGUCAAAGGUAGGAGGAAUUCUUUUUACUGUUAAUCUGUUUUGUACAUUUUGAAUUUUGAACCAUGUGAAUGUACUAUAUACUAAAAGACAAAAAAACCCCAAUAAAAACACCUAAUAUAUAUUAUAUGUUGUGCAUUUUCUCUCUGGUACACUACCAUAG